AUCGAGUACUAGUAUUCAGUAUUCACAUUGAAACACCACGAAAACCAAAAAAAUAACAAAAUAUUGACAAGUACGCCUCCACCAUUUUUUUUCCCAUAUAAACAACCCCACUCUUCCAUUCGCCUCCUAUUUUCUCUUCUUCCUUGUUUCAUUUUCCCAUUACAUUAUUCUCCCUAAAUUAUUUCCACAUUUUCUAAUUACAAUUAAAACUAAUCCAAACACUUAAAUUGCUUGCAUCAAUGGAGAUCAGAAAUAUCUGCUGCUCCACAAGCAGUGUAGAAAUCAUACAACUGGGUCGGCCAAUGAAUCUAGACCGUCCAUUAAAGGUAACAAGAAACAACAAUAGAUGGAGAUCACUAUGGAAGAAGCUGAUGAGAGAGAAAAGGAAGAUUAGAAUAUUCGACUGUUCUACGGUGCAUCCUUCAGAGGUACACCUCCCUGGGUAUGAUCCUCACACGUAUGCACAGAACUUUGAUCAAGGCUUGAUGUGGGAUGAUGAACCUGAUAGCUUGUCUCGUUCUUUCUCUAUGCGUUUUGCUGCUCCCACCACUUUUAAGAAGAGAAGCGUUAUUACUGAUGUGGGCCAUGAUCAUCAUCAUGAUGUUGUAAUUUGUGUUUUUUGAAACAUAAUGAUAAAAGAAAUUACAAUUUCUCACUAUACAUAUAGUUGUUUCAAUUACAUAAGUUUAAUCAUGGUUUAAUAUACUACUAGCUUCCUCUAUACCAUAUUAAUACCAGUCCAGAUUGAAGAUAAGUGUUUAAAUAGUGUAAAAGUUCAAAUGUAACCUAGUAUAAUUGGUCAAUUCCGCGGGUGCUCUAUUUUGAAGUAAAAUUUUGGAUAAGGGGCCUCUCUUUCAAAGUGUGUAAACAAUAGAGAUAACAAAGUGGAGUUAAAACUUGUCACUUUGGUUUUCCUUUGUUUUUCUAAAGUCAUUCUCUCGUUUUACCUUUAUCGAAAAAUCUGAACCUUUACUCUUA